AUGAUCCAUCCAAAGAAACUUGCUCAGCUGGCCAAGAAGUGUCAGCGGAUGUUGGUUGCCAGAGCCGGGGCCCGCCGCCGGCAUCAUGCCUCGGACACAGCCGACGAUGAAUGCUGCAUCACAACGUCGUCUGUGGUUGCCGAUGAGGGCCACUGCGUGGUGUAUGCCGCCGACGGAGCACGGUUUGAGGUCCCUCUGGUGUACCUUGGGACGACGGUCUUCGCCGAGCUCCUGAGGAUGUCCGAAGAGGAGUUUGGCUUUGCAAGCGGUAGCGAUGGAGGCAGGAUCACGCUGCCCUGCGAUGCCACGGUGAUGGAGUACGUCUUGUGCCUGGUCAGGAGAGAGGCCUCUGAGGAGGUCGAGAGGGCGUUCUUGAGCUCCAUUGCUGAGCAUGGCCACAACUACAGUGCUAGCUGUGUGGCGCCAUCGAUGGGACUAGUACUCAGCCAUCAAUUUGCUCUCUGUGCUUAG